UUACUACCACCACCAUCUUGUCAGUAUAGGCUACGUGAAAUCACAAGUUGAACCACUUUUCUAUAAUAUGGAUGCCAUCGCCAACGCCGUUCUUCAGAGAGGAUAUGACCUUCUUGAUAGGGGUCUGGUGCCAGACUUCGUUCUCCGGCGCGCCAUCCGCCUCCUUCUACACCAACGUCUCCGCGAAAUAAACCAUGGUUCCAUCGCAACAAACCACGCUGCGAAGAUAGCGUGGAUAGAGAGGUCGAAAGCGAGGCAGACAAUAGCGGACGUCCCAGAGAAGGCGAAUGAGCAGCAUUAUGAAGUGUCUACAGAUUUUAUGAUGUCCUGUCUCGGCCCCUACGCCAAAUAUUCUUCCUGUCUCUACCCCACUGGGAAAGAAUCACUCGAAGAAGCGGAGGUGCUCAUGAUGGAUCUGUAUUGUAAGGAGGCGAAGUUGAAGGAUGGACAGGAUGUGCUUGACCUUGGGUGUGGGUGGGGCAGUUUGUCUUUGUACUUGGGUCAGAGGUAUCCCAAAUCAAGAAUCACAGGGCUUUCGAAUUCGGCUACCCAGAAGAUAUAUAUUGAUGAGCAGGCAAAGAAACGCGGUUUGACCAACGUCAAAAUUAUCACGGCGGAUGUAAAUUUCGCUGAAUUUCCCGAGAAUGAGAGAUUCGAUCGAGUGUUGUCCAUAGAGAUGUUUGAACACAUGAAGAACUACGAUCUCCUCCUCCGUAAAAUCUCCACCUGGCUCAAACCCUCUGCCUCCAAACCCGGUCAUAUAUCUAAGAGCAACGGGUUACAACCCUCCGAUUCAUCGCUGACAGGAGCUGUCAAAGACCAGGCAAAAGGAGAGGAUGCAGAUCCGUCGUUGCUUUUCGUCCAUAUCUUUUGCCAUAAGAGCCAAGUCUAUGACUUUGAGGAUGAUGAUGGAUGGAUGGCGCAGACGUUCUUCUCUGGCGGAACAAUGCCCUCCCACGACCUGCUCGCCUACUUCCAAUCCGACCUCACUUUACUUAAGUCGACUUACAUCCCAGGAACGCACUACGCGCGCACGCUCACGCAAUGGCUCAACUUGCAAGAUUCGAAUGCGAAGGCCGGAUUGAAGGAACUUGAAGUGGAUGCAGAGAGGAAGUUGGGAACUGGAAAGGGAGGGGAGGGGAGGAAAACGUGGUAUAGGUUUAGAGUGUUUUAUAUUGCUUGUGCGGAGUUGUUUGGGUUCAGGGGUGGGGAGGAGUGGGGAGUCGGGCACUACGUUUUCAAGCGCAAAGAUUAGUCGAGGGCAAGGGAGGUAGAGUGUGCAUAGAGCCAAGUUCACUACUUUGAUUCUUGCCUCUCAGUAUCGUCUGCAAAGCGUUCCAGGUUUAACUCAUUCAUU